AUGGCACCCACCUCCACCGCUGAGGGAUCUACGAACCCCAAUGGGAAAUCACACAACAAGGUCGUCAUCAUUGGCUCCGGUCCUGCCGGCCAUACCGCUGCCAUUUACCUCGCCCGUGCAAACCUGGAGCCUCUCAUGUUCGAAGGCAUGUUGGCAAAUGGAUUUGCACCUGGUGGACAAUUAACCACAACUACCGACGUUGAAAAUUUCCCUGGAUUCCCGGAGGGUAUUCGCGGCCCAGAGAUGAUGGAUCUUUUUCGAGCACAAUCGAUCCGGUUCGGUACGAAGAUCUUAACCGAGACAGUAUCGAAGAUCGAUCUAUCCAAUCGGCCGUUUAAGUACUGGCGAGAAGGUCAUGAAUCGGACGAGCCAGACACGGCGGAUUCGAUCAUCAUCGCCACUGGGGCCUCAGCUCGUCGUUUGAAUUUACCAGGAGAGGAUACCUACUGGCAGUCCGGAAUUUCGGCUUGUGCAGUCUGUGAUGGGGCGGUGCCAAUCUUUCGCGAUAAGCCUUUAGCCGUCAUAGGCGGUGGUGAUAGCGCUUGUGAGGAAGCUACCUACCUAACUAAGUAUGCUAGCCAAGUCUUCGUAUUGGUUAGAAGAGACCAAUUAAGGGCUAGCAAGGUUAUGGCCAAACGUUUGAUGAAUCACCCCAAGGUCACGAUCCUUUGGAACACAGUACCUGUAGAGGCCAAAGGGGACGGAAACUUGCUGAAUUCCCUGCUAGUCAAAGACACCAAAACAGGAGAGGAACGCACGAUAGAUAUCAAUGGCUUGUUUUAUGCGAUCGGCCACGAGCCGGCGACAGCAUUAGUUCGAGGUCAGCUGAAAACAGAUGAAGAUGGGUACAUUUGCACCAAGCCCGGUACAUCCGAAACAAGCAUUCCUGGAGUAUUUGCAGCCGGAGACGUCCAAGAUAAAAAAUACCGUCAAGCAAUCACUAGCGCUGGGACUGGAUGCAUUGCUGCCUUGGAGUGCGAGAGAUUCCUGGCCGAGGAAGAGGCGAUGGAUCGAGAUGGGGAGCCCGUUGUUCCUCAACCGGGCUACCUUGGAACAGAUAAGCCCUAG